AUGGUAGAGAAUCUAGAUGAAGAAAUUUGGAAAGAUGAAGGCAAAAAAUCAGUGGAGCAGCUCAUCAGCAAUUGAACAGAGAGAUAUUACUACAUGGUAAGAUUUGUUGAAAGAAGCUUCAAUGACUUCAAGUAACUGUUAUUUAGAUAUAUAGCAGAAUUUAGCAAGCCUACUUCAUCUAAGCCAGUCCCAGAAGCUACAGUUAAAGUAUACUUUACAGUCACUUUCGGCAAUGAUUCUCCCACUAUUGAGUACAUUUUCGAAAACGAAAAUCUUAAGCAUCGCCCUGAUCUUACCUUGAGAACGGCCCAAAUGGAAGUUUGAAUUGACAGAAUUUACGCCAACAAACUAAAAAUUCGCCAAAUCAUGAAUCUUGUGACCAAUUUUGAGUCAACAAGAAUGAUUUUCCAAGAGAAACUUCCAGAGCAAGAAGAUUCCUUCUAUGAAGGCUGCUCUUUAUUAGAGUCAACACUAGGUGAAAUUUCUUAUCACGAUGAAAUAGACUACGAUACUGAAGCCAUUUAUGAGCUUCUAUUAAAAUAUAUCGAUGAAUGUGCAUUAAAAGGAGCUUCUGAGUCAAAACAAAAAAUUAUAAAAAUUUCGACGUUUUCAGCUAUAGCACAAGUGCUAGGGAAAGUGGAAGAAGCUUCGAAUAAAAGAGUUGGAGAAAAAAGCGCAGAACAAAAAAUCACAGAAUUUUAUAAGCUUUAUCCUCAUAUAGGAGAAAUAGAAGCCCAGCUGGGAAAGCUGCAGUUUUCUCAAGAUCAUUAUUAUUACUAUGCAAGAAAUGACCAAGGGGUCUUAGAAAAACUCCCUCUUGACUUAACGGCAAAGCGCCCAAAGAGAAAUGCUGAAGUCUCGAAUGAAUUGAGAAAGGAUGGUACCACUACUGAGUAUAUUUAUAAAGGCGAGCUAAAUAAGAGAAAAACAGGCAGAGAAGGCAAAGGCAAAGUCAUAUGGCCUGAAGGAGUUUCAUAUGAAGGUGGAUUUUUUGACGAUAAGCAAAAUGGCUUUGGAAGAUUAAUUCAUAGACUUAGAGAUGUAUAUGAAGGUGACUGGUUUGAAAAUAAAGCACAUGGACCAGGGAUUUAUUAUCAUAUGAAUGGUGUAAAAUAUGUCGGAACCUUCUUUGACGAUUUGCCUCAUGGGAAUGGCGUUGAAGAGUGGCCAGAUGGAUCAAAGUAUGAUGGGCAAUAUGUGGCAGGGAAAAAAGAAGGGCAAGGGAUUUUUAAAUGGAAUAGUGGAAAUGAGUAUAGAGGAGGUUUCCAUAAUAAUCUCAUGUGGGGAAAAGGGAUUUAUAUGUGGCCUGAUGGGAGAAGCUAUGAAGGAGAAUGGGGCAAUGGAAAACUUAAUGGAAAUGGGAUAUUUAAAUGGCCAGAUGGAAGAAUGUAUCAAGGAAACUAUCAAGAUAAUGAAAAGCAUGGCUAUGGAGAGUAUUUCUGGCCAGAUGGCAGAAUAUUCAGAGGGAACUGGGAAAGAGGAAAACAGCAUGGAGAAGGCUAUUACACUUCAGUUGCUGGAGAAACAAGAAGGGGAUUGUGGAAAAAUGGUGAAAGACAAAGAUGGUUUAGAGAUUAA